CGCGUUCUUGCUCAUUCCGCAUUCGUCGCACGGUACCGAUUUCGUUCGUAUAUUCAUUGUGCGCUGAUAAGCAAACUGAUCUGUAUUUUUCUCCCCCGUUUUUUGGCCCAAAUUUUCCAGAAGGCGAUAUUGCACUGUGCUACUAGAGACUGUUUUUUGUGGAAAUUGAUACCCAUCGUAGAACCUAAAACUCCCCGGAAAACAUUAACCACCAUGGGACAGACACUGUCGGAACCGGAAACCUCGAAAGAGUCGGCCUUCUGCCAGAACGAUUACUACAAAGUGGGCUCGAGCUGUAUGCAGGGUUGGCGCAUACACAUGGAGGAUUCCCAUACGCACAUCCUGUCGCUGCCGGAUGAUCCGGGGACGGCAUUUUUUGCGGUUUAUGACGGUCAUGGUGGUGCGAAUAUAGCGCAAUACGCCGGCAAGCAUUUGCAUAAGUUUGUCACGCGAAGGCCGGAGUAUGCGAAUGACGUAAAGCUAGCGCUUCAACGUGGUUUUCUCGACGUUGACGAGGUGAUGCAAAACGACGAAUCGUUGAAGGAACAAAUGGCGGGAUCGACGGCUGUGGCCGUAAUGGUGAAGGACGACCGUUUGUACUGUGCAAAUGCGGGGGAUUCGCGGGCGAUUGCUUGCGUUGGCGGUAAGCUGGACGUACUUUCCUUUGACCAUAAACCAAACAACGCUAGCGAGCUGGAAAGAAUCAAACGAGCGGGUGGGUACGUUGAGUACAACAGGGUUAACGGAUAUUUGGCACUCUCGAGAGCACUGGGUGAUUUUAGCUUGAAGCGAAAUGCCCAUAAAAUGGCAGAGGAACAAGUUGUUACGGCAUUCCCAGAUGUAGAAGAGCGACAGGUAACCGAAGAUUGGGAUUUCGUGGUGAUUGCCUGUGAUGGUAUUUGGGACGUCCUGCCAAGUCAGUCGGUUCUGGAGUUUGUUCAGACGGAGAUUUCCCAAGGUAUCUAUCCGCAGAAUAUUUGUGAGAACCUGAUGACGCGUUGCCUCGCUCCGGACUGUCAGAUGGGUGGAAUUGGAGGGGACAACAUGACAGUAAUUAUAGUUUGUUUCCUCCACGGACGACCUUACGAGGAUCUUGUGAAUCGGUGUAAGGAACACGUUGCCGAAAUGAAUUAUAAAAUGGAACAGAUGUUUAUCGAUCACGAUUUGGAGCGGGCGCCGGAGCAAUCCUGCUCGAAACCAUUGAUAGCCGAGGGCAGUGAGGAACUUUCUCCACUUGCAUCCCCCGAACAAUCACCAAAGACGUCGGCUACCCAAAAUACAAACCUAGUAGAUGGGCAAUCUUCGCCGGACGAAGACGAAACCAGUGAGGAGUUAGAUCUAAAAUGAGUUCGCGUACUGUGUACUACUAUAUUUUGUUCUUUUAUUAGUUUUUCCAAGACUCGUAGUUCCUUCAAGCAGAGAUCUCUACUUUUCUUACUUAUGAUGUUGAACUGCAAAUUGCGGUCUAUCGUUUUUAUCACUUGAGAUAAUCCAACAAACAUAAUUGAAAUAAAUUCUCCUGGAGUACACACAUUAACUGGGAUCAAAUCAGAUCGUAUUUCAUCGUUUUUUUGCCCUCAAGAUAACGCAGUUCUAACCUCUAUCCCCGUACUUCAAAAACAUAGUUGCGAUCAAAACAUGAUAAAAGAACGAAUAAGUUGCACAUAAGAGCUCUUCCUAGUAGAAAACCGUCAGUAAAAACAAUUCUAUCGUCUGUCACUAUACGUUUGAAUUUAUCCAGCGGAGAUGAGAUAUUUGGAUCGAAAAUAGCUCUAAUACCAAAACUUAGGUACGGUUGAACAAACGUUGCAAGAGUGGGAAUCCCCAGAGUUCAGUUCAAGAGAUCAUAAACUAUCUAAGAAUAGGACCUUGUUAGGAUAUUUUUAAGAGGUUUUUUUUUCAUUUUUUUCUCUCUAGCGAUAAGCUUUUUACUGUCGAAACGAUGAGUCAAUGAAGCAACAAGGGUAGGAGUGCAUGUACGUGUUUGGUGUCGGAGUAAAUUACUCCACUACAUGCGUAUAUUGCUAUGGGUAGGUAUAUAUUUUACACGUUCACACUGUUGCGGUGUUCAUGAAUUUAUCCAUCCAUAAGUAGACUAAUUUGAAUUCUCACCAGUGAGAAAAUUGUUUCUAUUCCUCAUGAAUAAAUCCAACUAUUGCUAUAGACCUAACAAGUUGACACCUGCCCUAAUAGAUGGGGAAAAAACCUUCCAAUCUACUGAAUGGCAGUAGUGGUGACUCGUAUGUUUCAUUUGCUUCCGUUUAGCGCUGUAGUGUUUCUAGUAAACUCGGAAUUGUAUAUUGUAUAUAUGUGGAGUUGGACGCAUCUUAACCCCGGAAAUUCAAAAUGCGUCUAAUAUGCAUUGUCAUAUAGUAUAUAUGACUGAAUAUAUAUAUAUAUAUUUAGAAAUAAACAUUCUCAUAAAACUAA